UGGGUGGCCCGGGCGACCCUGGCAGCAGCAGUUCCGCCGGGCGCUCGUUCCCGCGACCCUGGCCGGGGCCUCAGCUCACAUCUCCGCGACCCCGCCUCGCCUCGACCGGGAGCUUCUCCCCUCGCCAGGGCCGGAGGCGCAAGCGGGGGCGGGCCUCUGCGCCGAGCGGCCAAUGGGGACUGAGCCUGGCGGCCGAGGCGUGGCGGCCUCGGCGCGACGCCUCAAGUGGCGGUUGUUUCAAGAUGGCGGGUGCGACGGGCCCCUCCCUGCCGGGCUCGGCGUUCUGGAGCCGCGACUUUUCUGAUGAAGAACAAUCAGUAGUUUAUGUUCCAGGAAUAUCCACAGAAGGAAAUACAAGAUCAAGACUCAAGUUGAUAAAUCCAAAAGUUGAUGUUAAAGUUAAGGCUUCCAGGGUGACUGAUGCUUCCAUGGAGUCUUUAAAAGGUGCAGGAGAUUCGGUAGCUGAACAGAAUUUCUGCAAGGAACGAAUGAAGAGUGCAUCGCUGAAAGAUUUAUGUCUUGAAGACAAAAGACGCAUUGCUAACUUAAUUAAAGAACUGGCCAGCUUAGGAAAUGGAAAAGAAAUUGUGAGGAAAAUAAGUGCAAAAACAUGUAGAGUAAGUGAAGAAAAGGAAGUGACAGAGGAACGACUGAAAACCGAGCAGGAAUCCUUUGAGAAGAAGAUCCGGCAGUUGGAAGAACAGAAUGAACUGAUCAUCAAAGAAAGGGAAGCUCUUCAACUGCAGUAUAGAGAAUGCCAAGAACUUCUAAGUCUCUACCAGAAGUACCUAUCAGAACAGCAAGAAAAGCUCACCAUGUCACUCUCAGAACUUGGUGCUGCUAGAGCACAGGAGCAGCAGAUAACCAACAGGAAAAGUACUCACCAGUCUUCAUUGAUGGACCUGGAUGGCUCCUACCUGAGUGUAGCCAAACCACAUACCUACUGUCAGACCAAGGCAAGGCCUAAGUCAGCAAACCAGGACUCAGUUUCAGAAUCCCUUACGGCACUGAGGAAUAAUUCUUUUAAACCAAUAACACUUCAUCAUCACAAAGAAGGUUUAGAGAGGGUGUCAUCAGAAACCAGAACAGGUACUUCUGAAUCUCUAGGGAGGAAACCAGUAGAUGCAGCCCCAAUAGAGAAAAUCCUAUCUUCAGAAGAGUUGAAGAUAAAGGAAUAUCCACACCUUUCACGUACUCCAUUAAGUCACUACUGUGGUCAUAAAUGCUCUGAAAGUGAAGACUGUGUUCGUGAGAACUAUCAGCCUGCAAACAUGGCCCCUCAGUAUUGUAAGACACAUAUGGAACCAUGUCAUUGUGGGCUUUCCUGGGCACCUCUCAUGCAUGAUAGAGUGACAUUGCAACCCAGUGAGACUGAUGUAAAAAAGCAGCUCUCAGAAGAUCGAAGGCAACAGUUGAUGCUUCAGAAAAUGGAACUAGAAAUUGAAAAGGAACGCCUUCAGCAUCUUCUGGCUCAACAAGAGACAAAGCUUCUCCUCAAACAGCAGCAACUGCACCAGUCCCGACUAGAUUACAACUGGUUAAGGACUCAAGCUCUAUUUAAGUCUCGAGAACUGGUUGCUGAUAAAGAGUUUACUAAACCCCAAGAACUCAGUCUCGAUGUGAAUGGUAGUGACUCUGGACCAAGUUUAUUAAAGUCAAAAUGUGAUGGAUGGCUGCGUGGAACCUCAUCAUCCUUUAAAGCAUGCUCAAACUCUCCAAACAGUGGACAAAACAGGAAGGAGAAGAAGACAGUGGAGUUUCAGUCACAUGCGGAGGAUGACGUCCAGUGGACAUGCCAACAGAAAGACACUUGCAGCCCCCAGAAAGAGACAGUGACAGCAGUUAGAAAAGAUGCAUCCACAUCUCCUAUGCCAACAAGAAGCCCUAAGGACCCCAUGACCCCAGCCUCAUCAUCAUCCCAGCACACCACCUCACGGUAUGAGGCAUCUCUGCUGGAUUUGGUUCAGUCUCUGAGCCCAAAUUCUGCUCCCAAAUCUCAGUCCCAUCCCUCCAGAGCAGCAGGAGUGUGGAGUGCUUUCCGACCUAGCCCUCAGAAAUCUAUCUGGAAGAAAGUGGGGACGCGCAGGAGCCCUGAAGACCUGGAGGAGAAUCAGAUUCUGGAAGACAUAUUUUUCAUAUGACUCUGAAGCACAUGCUGCAGAAUUUCCGUAGGAAAUAUUUGGGUUCCUUUACAUGCUGAUGUAGGAUGUUAAAUUAAUUAACUGCAAAGCAGCCAAGUCUCCCCUUUCACAGGGACCUGUCUUACUGGCCUCCUCUCAAGUGUUGAAUACAGAAAUCAUCCCAACAAAUCAGGGUGGUUUUUGUUCGACUAAUCAAAAAACAGGCUACAGAGGUGGUCUUAGGGAUAGAAUCUUUUCUGCGCCAAACAGAGAUUAGAAAUUUAGGAUAUUUUCUGAAUAUCAGACACCAUGGAUAUCUAGUAUCAUUUUAAGAGGGUUUUCAAUUUACUGCUGCAAAUAUUGGCUCUUCCCAUACAUUAGAAAAGUAUCCACUUCAGAAGGGUUCUUCCUUCACCCAUUCUCUCCUCACUGAGAGUGGCUGUUCAUUCUGAAGUUGGAAUUAGGGACCCUAGUAUCACCACUACUUGGGACCCAGUACAUGUGAGUCAUAGUGGUCAUCAACAUGGCCAUUGCUGCCCUUUACACUAAAAAUCUCAAUGGUCAGAGGGAAAUUUCCAGCCAGACUGUGGUAUUAAACCUCAUGUAGGAAUGGCUGCCUGGGAAAAUCUACCUGUGUCCAGACAACCACCCCUGUAGUGUCCCAUAAGGAUGUUUCUUGUUGACUCCAGUUCUGGUACUCUUGUUUACGUCCUCCAUAGGUGUGUCUGAGGAAGGUGGCAUUACAGAAAGAGUGGUACCCAGUGGCUGAAGUUAGCAGUUUUCCUCUGCCCCUGCUUCACUCCAUAAGGAUGACUGCCCCUGGGUGCACCAAGUCUAGGAAAGCUCAGCUGAGCAUCUUUAUUGGCCUAGAUCCAAAUCUUUCCUCUCCAGUCUGAGCUCAGUCCUGUUGAUUCUACCCAUUUCCUUUCCCUUCGAGACUCUCAGUUCCAUACUCUUUAUCUGAGGCAAAUACAAGGACAAGAUUAAUUACCGUAGUCAUUCCCUCUGAAAGUUGACAGUUCAUUGCAGAUUCAAAUUUUCAAAAUCACCCUGAGAGUAACUAAAAUAAACUUGUUCUAUUUCAAAACACCUUUAGGAUACGUCUUUGGAGUGUCAGAAAUGGCAGUUAGGUUUCCAGAACCAUCUUCCCUCUUUCCUGUGUGUCACAGAUAGCUAACCUAUUCCCUUAGACUUGCUAUAACCAUAGUCACUUGUUCUGGGCCUCGGUGUUCAUGCUACUACAAAGAAGGAUGAGAAAUGGAAUAUGAUCUCUUUAAGAAGCUUGUUUGCCUAAGAGUUAAGGGGGUUUUUUUUUGGGGGGGGGGGGUGCCAUACCAGUGAAUGGAAUUUAAUUGCUUCCGUGCCUUAACAACAUGGGAAGUUUGUAAAAGGGGAAAAAAAUCAAUUAACAGUUUCUAGACUUCACACUCCCUACCAGUUUUUUUUGGCAUUGGUACAAGGGUGGUAGGAAGGGAAUAUAUAUAUAUAUAUAUCCUAGUGUCUUUGUUAUUAAUUGAAUAAUAUAUGUUAACAUUUUAAUCUCUAUUAAAUUUACUUCGCGAUGUAUAUGUUGUUGCAAAGUAUUUGGGCAUGAGCUAAUUGUAGCCUGUCCCACAGAAGAAUGGGAAGAAAAUAGGAGCCAUGUGACCUCUCCUGAUAACGUUCACUUCAGUGACUGGUUGGGACUUGCUUGACCAGCCCCUAGGUGUUUCCUCAAAGCAAGGCUGCACACACACACUGUGAAUGCCACAGCUCAGGUAUUGCCCACCUUGCAAACUGCCACCCUGUGAGAGAAAACUAAUCAGUGUUGUAAAAUGGAAUCAGAGUGUGUCCACUGGACUCCCUAAGUGAGGUCCAAGUGGUUGAUUUAAAAAGUCAAGAUUAAUCAGGGGAUACCUUUUGUACCCAUCCCCCUUCCACCUUCCAAGAGGCACAUGUGUCUCUCCAGACCUGGCCCACAGUGGGGACUCAUCCAGAUCAUUUUAGGUGUCCCAAAGAAGGCCUGACUGUCUCCAUCCCAUCGAAUCACUUUUUACUGGUUUGUGUCAGCACAAGGUUUAUCUUAGAGGUUUUCUGGGGAAGGAAAAGGGCCUGAAAUAAGUCGCUACAGUUGGCUAAAGGUAUAUUAGUUUUAACAUUGACAAAUGUUUGUGGUAA